CUACUGAGGUGGCUAGAGUCCCGGACACUCCCGGGAGCCGUCUCUGGUCGCGGGGGUACGGUGGGCUGGACGGGGACGGGGAGGAAGGUGCCUUCGACCGCCGCCCGAGCGCAAGCCUCCUAUCAUCCGUUCCCUAGAGAUGAGACUUCCUCAGCAGGCGAUAGAUUCUGUGCCAAGGCAGGUGGAAGAGGAUCUCGAUGGGACGAAAUUUUCCGUCGUUUUUCCGGUGUUAGUUACCUAGGUAAUUGACCCAGAACUCAUUUUCAGGAAAAAGGGCUUCCUUCAAAAUGGUAAAAUAAUUAAACGAGGAAUUUGAGCAUUUUAUCUUUGGAUGGAAAUCUGAGAAUGAAAAGAGCGAUUAAUCCAAGCCAUGUGGUAAAAUUAGGAAUUUGAAGAGAAUGGAAACGUUUACAUUUUUGUGGACAUGUAUUUUUCUACCCCUCAUACGAGGGCACAGUCUUUUCACCUGUGAACCAAUUACUGUUCCCAGAUGUAUGAAAAUGGCCUACAACAUGACAUUUUUCCCUAAUCUGAUGGGUCAUUAUGACCAGAGUAUUGCGGCUGUGGAAAUGGAGCUUUUUCUUCCUCUUGCAAAUCUGGAAUGUUCACCAAAUGUUGAAACUUUCCUUUGCAAAGCUUUUGUACCAACCUGCACAGAGCAAAUUGAUGUGGUUCCACCCUGUCGUAAAUUUUGUGAGAAAGUGUAUUCUGACUGCAAAAAAUUAAUGGACACUUUUGGGAUCCGAUGGCCUGAGGAACUUGAAUGUGACAGAUUACAAUACUGUGACGAGUCUGUUCCUGUAACUUUUGAUCAACACACAGAGUUUCUCAGUCCUCACAAGAAAACAGAACAAGUCCAAAGAGACAUUGGAUUUUGGUGUCCAAGGCAUCUUAAGACUUCUGGGGGACAAGGCUAUAAGUUUCUGGGAAUUGACCAAUGUGCACCUCCAUGCCCCAACAUGUAUUUUAAAAGUGAUGAGCUAGAGUUUGCAAAAAGUUUUAUUGGAAUAGUUUCAAUAUUUUGUCUUUGUGCAACUCUGUUUACAUUCCUUACUUUUUUAAUUGAUGUUAGAAGGUUCAGAUACCCUGAGAGACCAAUUAUAUAUUACUCUGUCUGUUACAGCAUUGUAUCUCUUAUGUACUUCAUUGGAUUCUUGCUAGGCAAUAGCACAGCCUGCAAUAAGGCAGAUGAGAAACUAGAACUUGGUGACACAGUUGUUCUAGGCUCUCAAAAUAAGGCUUGCACCGUUUUGUUUAUGUUUUUGUAUUUUUUCACAAUGGCUGGCACUGUGUGGUGGGUGAUUCUUACCAUUACUUGGUUCUUAGCUGCUGGGAGAAAAUGGAGUUGUGAAGCCAUUGAACAGAAAGCAGUGUGGUUUCAUGCUGUUGCAUGGGGAAUACCAGGUUUUCUGACCGUUAUGCUUCUUGCUAUGAACAAAGUUGAAGGAGACAAUAUUAGUGGAGUUUGCUUUGUCGGCCUUUAUGACCUGGAUGCCUCUCGCUACUUUGUACUCUUGCCACUGUGCCUUUGUGUGUUUGUCGGGCUCUCUCUUCUUUUAGCUGGCAUUAUUUCCUUAAAUCAUGUUCGACAAGUUAUACAACACGAUGGCCGGAACCAAGAGAAACUAAAGAAAUUUAUGAUUCGAAUUGGAGUCUUCAGUGGCCUGUAUCUUGUGCCAUUAGUGACACUUCUUGGAUGUUACGUCUAUGAGCAAGUGAACAGGAUAACCUGGGAGAUAACUUGGGUCUCUGACCAUUGUCGUCAGUACCACAUCCCAUGUCCUUACCAGGCCAAAACAGAAACUCGACCAGAGUUGGCUUUAUUUAUGAUAAAAUAUCUGAUGACAUUAAUUGUUGGCAUCUCUGCUGUCUUCUGGGUUGGAAGCAAAAAGACAUGCACAGAAUGGGCUGGGUUUUUUAAACGAAGUCGCAAGAAAGAUCCAAUCAGUGAAAGUCGAAGAGUACUACAGGAGUCGUGUGAGUUUUUCUUAAAGCACAAUUCUAAAGUUAAACACAAAAAGAAGCACUACAAACCAAGUUCACAUAAGCUGAAGGUCAUUUCCAAAUCCAUGGGAACCAGCACAGGAGCUACAGCAAAUCAUGGCACUUCUGCAGUAGCAAUCACUAACCAUGAUUACUUAGGACAGGAAACUUUGACAGAAAUACAAACCUCACCAGAAACAUCACCAGUGAGAGAGGUGAGAGCGGAUGGAGCGAGCACCUCCAAAUUACGAGAACAGGACUGUGAGGAACCUGCCUCCCCAGCAGCAUCCAGCUCCAAACUCUGCGGGGAGCAGACCGACGGGAAAGGCCGGGCAGCCAAUGUGAAUGAUAAGAGCAGUGUGUCUGAAAGUGCACGGAGUGAAGGAAGGGUAACUCCAAAGAGUGAUGUCACUGAAACUGGCCCAGUGCAGAGCAACAGCUUGCAUGUUCCCAGGUCUUCAGAGCCAAGCAGCCUCAAAGGCUGCACAUCACUGCUUGUUCACUCAGCGUCAGGAGUUGGAAAAGAGCAGGGCACUGGUGGUCACUCAGAUACUUGAAAACCAGAUCAUCGCGUUACUAAGAAGUGAAUUCCUGUUACACUGGAGGUGACAGUACGCUGUCUUAUAAGAAUCACUGUUAUAUUCUUCUUCUGCACUUAAAGCUACAUUGCCUCCUGUUACACUGGAAACAAUAGAUUCUGAGAAUAUGAUUCAUUUCACAUAGAGGUUAAUUGACAACAGUAUACCCCCAGAACGGAAAUGUGCAGGUUAAUGAUAUUUUUUAAGUUGUGUGGGAGGAGGGAGUAUUAGAGGAACCUUCCUUUUCUAUUUAUGAAGAUUCUACUCUUGUUGAAAGUAUUUUAAGUUGUACUAUGCUAUUUCACUUUUAUGGUAUAAAAUCAAGAUUUUUCUUUGCUGAAGUAUUUAAAACUUACCUUUGUAUCUUUUUCUUAUAUAUUUGAAAACAAGUUUAUAUGUUUUGAGCUUUUUUUAGAAAUCCUGGAAAGUCUUUUCAAAUAUUUUUAUUACGUUAUUCCAGUACCUUAUUUUAGCACUGCUUUGGUAGCUUUUACACUGAAUUUCUAAGAAAAUUGAAAAAUAGUGUUCUUUUAUAAUAUAAAAAAUAGUUGAUACACCAAAAGAUAUUAUAAUGGGAAUUCAACUAAAAAAAUCUAUUUACUCUACCUUAUCAUCUUCAAUGUGUGAAUUUUAUAAAGUCUAGUUGGUUUAGGAAUUUCACAGAUCUAUUAUGCAGCUGAAAUAAGGUGCUUACUGAGUGUCCACUGUUGAUAAUAUUAUGCUGCUGGCUGAUCCUUCUGAUUUUUUAAAAUAAAAUGUCCUGAAGGAUUAGUAGAUGAAAUGUUAUUCCUUUUAAAUUAAGCCAAGUGCAAUUGAUUUCCUUUUUUAAAUAUAUCAUGACCACCCAAGAUUAUGUUUAUAUGACCAUUUACAGUUGCUUAUACUUUUGUUUUAACUUUUGUUUUUUAACAUUUAGAAUACUACAUACCCUUUGUAUUUGUGCAGUAUCUUUCUCAGACAUCAUGUAGAAUUCAUCUCUGCAGCUAAAUAGGAUUUUGCUGAACAUUCAGAAAUGUGCUAGCAGUGUUAGUGCCAAACAAAUGGAAAAAAUGUAGUCCUGAUAAACAGAAUAAAAUGUAUUUCAUAUAACAUACUUUGAAAUAUUAAAGAAUUUUCUUAAUUUUGUUUCCAAUGAAUAUUAUUCCUUGAACAAGGUUUCCUUAUACUUUUGUUUUUUUUCUCUAUUUAACAUUCUGUUAAAGCUUAAAAAGAAAAUUAUCAUGUACUGUAUGAAAAAGGUUGUAAAUAUUAACUUUUCCACAUUUUUUAACUUUGUAUACAAAAACUUUGUGUGACCUUUUCAGCAAUAAA